AUGUCUUUUACUCAUUCUCCAUCAAAACAAGAUUAUGUGACGAUAUUAGCUAUUUAUGAUGACCCUCCACCAUCAUUUAAAUCAACUAAUGUCAAUACAACAAUUGUUUCUACAUCAUUACCUGAAGAAAAAACAAAAAAGCAGCUCAAACUUGAAAUUGCUUCGAAUAACAAAAUUUCAAAUCAACAGAGAAGCAGAAAUGAUAGAAGCCCUUUUAUUGAUGUGAAAUCAUUGGAUAUGCCCCCUAGUAGUAUUGGUCUUCAAGUACAACAUUCUGAAACCAAAUUUUCAAAUUUAUCAAAGCCACAUUCUGAGAAAAAUUUAAGAAAACACCAAAAUGGAGAGGCAAUGUCUGUACAUUUCGCUCCGACACAGAAAAAAGAUCCAGAUAAAUUAUUCCAAGAAGAAAAUUGGCGACAAAAUAAUUCUAGAAAAUCGAGAAUUGGGGAUAACUUUUUGGAUGCUAAAGAAAAAAUAGAUUUGGAACAGAACGAAUUAAAGAAAUGGUCUUCUUUUUUACAAGUUGAUCCCUCAAAUUAUCGUUUUCAGAAAAUUGUUCUUUCUCCAGAAACUAAAGAUUUGUCAAUGGGAUUGGAGAUCUCUGCUGUUCCUAAUCCUCAACGUCCAAGUCAUUUAUUGGCCGUUGAGGUUAGAAAAAUUGAGCAAAGAGGAAGGAUAGCUGAGGAUGGGCAACUUCGAGUUUGUGAUCAAAUUGUUAAUAUUAAUGGAACUCCUUGCGAUCAGAUUUCUUUUGCCCGAGCACGUCUUCAUCUUCGAGAUCUUCAAUCAAUUCCAGAACCGUCACUUUCCUUCUUUCGUCGAAUUAAUUCAAAAAAAUUAAAUAAUAACAGUCCGCAACUUGAACAAUUUAAAUUAAAAAAAGGAGAAAAUACUUCUUUAAUUGGUUUUUGUAAAGAAAUUAAAUUAACUAAAGGGGAAGAUGGUUUUGGAUUUAGCUAUGCUGGGAGAUUAAAUGCUUCUGAACAACAUUUGUAUUAUAUUAAAGGUUUAAGGAAGAAUUUGGAUUUGACUUUGGGGGACAGAAUUUUACAGAUAAAUGGAAUAGAUUUGUCUAAUUUAACUCAAUCCCAAGUAACUUCACUUCUAAAGAAAAUUCCAAUUGGAGAAACAAUUAGUUUAAUAAUUAGUAGCCAAACAGAAGAAAAACAACAGCAACAUCAAAAUGAAGAAAAAGAAAAUUUGAAAGAAAAAUUUUCAAAAAAUCUUUUUGAAGAAUUAAAACAACAAUUAAUUGGGGAAACAUUUUUGGAAAUUAUUCAAAUGUUAAUUCCUUUAAAUGAAACGCCUGGUGCUGGUUUAGGUAUUUCUGUUAAGGCACAAAGAAUGGGCUGUAAUGAUUUGGGGUUGUAUGUUAGAAGUAUUUUACACGGAUCAGCUGCUUACAAAGAUGGAAGAUUAAAAGUAAAUGAUCGUUUAAUUGGAAUUGAGGAAGUUAAUUUAUUAAAUUAUUCUUUAAAUGGAGAAGCUUUGGAUGCGUUUAUGGGAACAUUAUCACAAAUACCAACAAAUAAAAGGACAGUUUUGUUAUUUAUUGCAAGAAUUAAAGAAGAAAUAGGAGAAGAAGGAGGAAAUUUAAAUGAAAAAUUAAAACAACAGCAGCAUCAAAGCCGUUGGGGAAGUGAUUCUGAAUUAAGCCAAAAAGAACAAUUUGUGAGGGAUUCUGUUACUAGAAGAUCAAUUAGUGAAAAACGCCCUUUGGGUCAACACAACGACCCUUCACAUUUACGAACUUAUCAAAGAAUUUUGCAUCAAAGACAAACUAGUGCCCCAGCAGUCAGUUCAGUAUUUCGUUCUCGUCGUUCAUUGCAUGAACCUUUAAAUAUUAGCAGUCCUGAAGAACCCCGCUCUAGAAAAAGUCGUCCAAGAACAACUUUUUAUGACGGUGAUUGUUCUACUACUAAAUAUGAAUCCCAAACCCUUCCAUCACCAAAAAAUCAAUCAAAAAUUGUCUGUCCAGGCAGUUAUUCCCCACAAAGAAAAUUUCCUUCUUCAGCCCUUUCAAGUAGUAAAUCACAACCAGAUUCUCUUUCUACUCCAAAACCUCAACAAAAAAAUAAUGAAAAUGGAAAAAGGAGGGGAUCUCUUGGAAGUGGACUCUUUAAACUUUUUUCUAGAACUCAUAGUUGUAAAGAAGAUUCACCAAAUAAAAAUAAGCCUAAAACAACUCCCCAUCAUCAUCAACAACAAUAUAGACAACAACAACCCCCACCACCUCCAUACUUCCACUCCCCAACAACAUCACCACCAUAUUCGGCAUACGGAUUUUGGCCUCAAUGUUUUCCUCCACCUCCAAUUCCGCAUAGCUUUAAUCAGGUCGAUAUUUAA